CGGGGGCCGGGCGAGAGGGGGCAUUGUGUCGGGAGCGCGGAGCUGCAUUUGUCUGCUCUAGGUGCUGGUCGAACUAGCGUCGUGAUCGCCGGCGUAGAGCUGGAAGUGUCAGCAGCGAUCACUGUCCCGGCGGGAGACCAAGUCCGAGCAACCACGCGCCCGCUGGCCGCUAUCGCUGGCAGGGGGCGGCGUGCCAGCGGAGCAACAUGCAGAUAGGCGCCCAGCGCCCUGACGACCCCUCCCGAGGAAAGGAGGCCGGGGCGGCGCUGGGGCGGCGGGGAGCAUGAGGCAGGCCGGGGGGCGGCUCGGCUCGGAGCGCUGCUAGGGAGCGGCGCGCGCUGCACACUCGCCGGGGCGCAGCGGAGGGCGGGGAGCCGGGCUGGUUGCGCCAGCGGGCGGGAGCCGGCCGCCGGGAGCUGUUCUGAUUGCCGACGCCGACGCAGGGGGCCUGGAGUAGCCCCCUGCCCCGGCGUGCAGCCAACAUGGGCAACGCCGGGAGCAUGGAUUCACAGCAGACCGAUUUCAGGGCGCACAACGUGCCUUUGAAGCUGCCGAUGCCCGAGCCAGGUGAACUGGAGGAGCGAUUUGCCAUCGUGCUGAAUGCUAUGAACCUACCCCCUGACAAAGCCAGGUUGCUGCGGCAGUAUGACAAUGAGAAAAAGUGGGAACUGAUCUGUGAUCAGGAACGAUUCCAGGUGAAGAACCCUCCCCAUACUUAUAUUCAAAAGCUCAAAGGCUAUCUGGAUCCAGCAGUAACCAGGAAGAAAUUCAGACGGCGUGUUCAAGAAUCCACACAAGUGCUAAGAGAACUGGAAAUUUCUUUAAGAACCAACCAUAUUGGAUGGGUCAGAGAGUUUCUGAAUGAAGAAAACAAAGGUCUCGAUGUUCUGGUAGAAUAUCUAUCAUUUGCGCAGUAUGCAGUAACUUUUGACUUUGAAAGUGUGGAGAGCACUGUGGAGAGCUCGGUGGACAAAUCAAAGCCCUGGAGUCGGUCCAUUGAGGACCUGCACAGAGGAAGCAACCUGCCUUCCCCCGUGGGCAACAGUGUAUCCCGCUCGGGAAGACAUUCUGCCCUGCGAUACAAUACUUUGCCAAGCAGAAGAACCCUGAAAAAUUCAAGAUUAGUGAGUAAGAAAGAUGACGUGCAUGUCUGUAUCAUGUGUUUACGUGCCAUCAUGAAUUAUCAGUAUGGUUUCAACAUGGUCAUGUCUCACCCACAUGCUGUCAACGAGAUUGCACUAAGCUUGAACAACAAGAAUCCAAGAACAAAAGCCCUUGUCUUAGAGCUGUUGGCGGCCGUUUGUCUUGUCAGAGGCGGGCAUGAAAUCAUUUUAUCAGCAUUUGACAACUUUAAGGAGGUUUGUGGAGAAAAACAACGCUUUGAGAAGCUGAUGGAACAUUUCAGGAAUGAGGACAAUAACAUAGAUUUUAUGGUGGCCUCUAUGCAGUUUAUUAAUAUUGUAGUCCACUCAGUAGAAGACAUGAAUUUCAGAGUUCACCUCCAAUAUGAAUUUACCAAAUUAGGCCUGGACGAAUACUUGGAUAAGCUGAAGCACACGGAGAGUGACAAAUUGCAGGUACAGAUUCAGGCUUACCUGGACAACGUGUUUGAUGUGGGAGCUCUUCUGGAAGAUGCUGAAACCAAGAAUGCAGCCUUGGAGAGGGUGGAGGAACUGGAAGAAAACAUCUCUCAUUUGUCGGAAAAACUGCAGGAUACAGAGAAUGAAGCCAUGUCUAAGAUUGUGGAACUGGAAAAGCAGCUCAUGCAGAGGAACAAGGAGCUGGAUGUUGUUCGAGAAAUCUACAAAGAUGCAAAUACCCAGGUUCACACAUUAAGGAAAAUGGUCAAAGAGAAAGAAGAAGCCAUUCAAAGACAGUCUACCCUAGAAAAAAAGAUUCAUGAGCUGGAGAAACAAGGGACCAUUAAAAUUCAGAAGAAAGGGGAUGGGGACAUCGCCAUACUCCCUGUCAUGGCUUCUGGCACAUUGCCCACAGGGUCCGAAGUGGCAGUGGGUAACUUCGUGGGACCAAUAAUGGGGGCCCCCUCCUCGGGACCCUUGCCUCCUCCCCCCCCACCACUACCUCUGUCGUCAGAUGCACCUGAAGCUGUGCAAAAUGGCCCAGCAACACCACCUGUACCAGCCCCGCCCCCGCCUCCACCUCCUCCCCCGCCCCCGCCUCCACCUCCUCCCCCGCCCCCUCUCCCAGGUCCUGCAGCUGAGACCCUGCCUGCUCCUCCCUUACCACCCCCACCUCCUCCUUCUGCACCCCCGCUGCCCGGGACGUCUUCACCCACAGUGGUUUUCAACUCAGGAUUAGCAGCUGUGAAAAUUAAGAAGCCAAUCAAGACGAAAUUCAGAAUGCCAGUUUUUAACUGGGUUGCCCUGAAGCCAAACCAGAUCAAUGGCACAGUCUUCAACGAAAUUGAUGACGAACGAAUUCUGGAGGAUUUAAAUGUGGAUGAAUUUGAGGAAAUAUUUAAGACAAAAGCCCAAGGUCCUGCCAUUGAUCUUUCUUCAAGCAAACAGAAGAUAACGCAGAAAGGAUCGAACAAAGUGACAUUACUAGAGGCAAAUAGGGCUAAAAAUCUUGCCAUCACUUUAAGGAAAGCUGGAAAGACCGCUGAAGAGAUAUGUAAAGCUAUUCAUGUAUUUGACUUGAAGACCUUGCCUGUAGACUUUGUAGAAUGUUUGAUGAGGUUCUUGCCAACUGAGAAUGAGGUGAAAGUACUUCGGCUCUAUGAGCGGGAACGGAAGCCCCUGGAAAACCUGUCGGAUGAAGACCGGUUCAUGAUGCAGUUCAGUAAAAUUGAGAGGCUCAUGCAGAAGAUGACCAUCAUGGCCUUCAUCGGGAACUUCGCUGAGAGCAUUCAGAUGCUGACUCCUCAACUGCACUCAAUUAUAGCAGCAUCUGUCUCAAUAAAGUCGUCCCAAAAACUCAAGAAAAUCCUGGAGAUCAUCUUGGCCCUUGGAAACUAUAUGAAUAGCAGUAAACGAGGAGCAGUUUAUGGAUUUAAACUUCAGAGUUUAGAUUUGCUCUUAGAUACAAAGUCAACGGACCGAAAGCAAACACUUCUGCACUAUAUAUCCAAUGUCGUAAAAGAAAAAUAUCAACAAGUGUCCCUCUUUUAUAAUGAGCUUCAUUAUGUGGAGAAAGCUGCCGCAGUGUCCCUCGAGAAUGUUUUACUGGACGUCAAGGAACUGCAGAGGGGCAUGGACUUGACCAAGAGGGAGUACACCAUGCAUGACCACAACAUGCUGUUGAAGGAGUUCAUCUUCAACAAUGAGGGGAAGCUGAAGAAGCUGCAGGACGAUGCCAAGAUUGCCCAGGAUGCCUUUGAUGAUGUGGUGAAGUAUUUUGGAGAAAACCCCAAGACGACACCCCCAUCGGUCUUCUUCCCCGUCUUUGUCCGGUUUGUGAAAGCCUAUAAGCAAGCAGAAGAGGAAAAUGAGCUGAGGAAAAAGCAGGAACAAGCGCUCAUGGAGAAACUCCUGGAGCAGGAAGCUCUGCUGGAGCAGCAGGACCCAAAGUCUCCUUCCCACAAAUCAAAAAGGCAGCAGCAAGAAUUAAUUGCCGAAUUGAGAAGGCGGCAAGUUAAAGAUAAUAGACAUGUAUAUGAAGGAAAAGAUGGUGCCAUUGAAGAUAUUAUCACAGUGUUGAAGACUGUGCCCUUUACUGCUCGCACCGCCAAGCGUGGCUCUCGAUUUUUCUGCGAACCUGUUCUCACUGAGGAAUACCAUUACUAAACUAUUACUCUUUCUCACCUGAUGCUCUUAAAAGAUCUUAGAAACCAACCAUACAGACGAGCCGAUGCGGUGAGGAGAAGUGGUAGGCGGCGCUUUGAUGACCAGAAUUUGCGUUCUGUUAAUGGUGCCGAAAUGACCAUGUGAACCAGAGACCUGCUUGUGUGAAUAGAGGGUGUGCGUGAAUGAAGAUGUCCAUGUGAACUUUCUGUGCUACCAUUUAACUGCAGCCUUGAACAUAGAUCAAAUAUUCUAAGGGCUCAGAUUUAGCAAACACAUAGGAAUUUUUAAAUGAUGGGCUCUGCUUUCAACCUUUGUUAACAAGUGCCUAAAAGUGGAAGUACCUGCUCAGAUUAAUCAAAGCAAUAGGAUUUGAUUUGAUUAGUAUCUUUUUACACCAGUAUGUUAUUUUUUAACCAAAAUAUAAAUUUCAUAUUACAUUCAUUACCUGCCAUUGUGAUUGUCCCAUGAUGGCCCACCCUGGUUUCCUGAUAAGUUGUAAAUAACAUGGAAUGCAUCUGCUGUGGGCUUCCUUUGCUGUCUUUUAAGAAGUUAAUUUUGUUUUAGCCAUACCUGUCAACUUUGUAUUUUUAAGGGCUUGCAGCACGGAAGAAGGAAAAAGUCAUGUGAUAAACUCCUUUUGUCUAUAGCCAAGCCCCAGCCAAGUACAAAUAGGAUACGACUGCAGUGGCACAGCAGGCAGUCAACGUGUUUCACAUUCUGCUUCUGUGCUGGGGCACGAUGCCUCAGGAGAUUCACUGGUAUGAAUGAGACCACGUGAUGGCAUACAGAUGUUGUACAAGACGUAUUUGCAGUACUGUUCUUCAGCUAGAGGCAGCUUUUUAAAAAUACAAAUGUUUAUUAGUUACCACUAAAAUUAACAUCUCAGUAAUCAGUAUUAGGAUUUCUGAGGACCACUAUGGGUCAAUCCUGAGAAUAGAAUCAGUGCCUUGCUAGCCAGGGAGAAGUUCACUAGCUCUAUGAACAAGCAUUCAAGAUUUACUUCCGCUAGCAGAGUAGUGUUAGUAACCUGGCCUUAUCACUCUGACAAUCGCAGGGUUCCCCCUUCCUCCUUUUUGUCGAUUGGAUUAGAUAUAUUUGGCAUCACACAUUAAGAGCUAAGAAAUUCUUGUACUUCCCAGACUACCUUGUGGGGAAUUGCAAUUAAAUUGCUGAAUUACAUUGGUAUUAAGCUUAAAUGAUAUGUAAUGGGACUAAAUGGCCAACAAAGCCACUGUUGUUCCUUCAGCUCUGGCAGGGCACUUGAUCCAAAGUCAAAAACUGGACUGAAGCUAAUUUGUAAUUUCCAUCACACACAUUCUGCUUCUGGCUUACCUUAUUGGUACAUUACACCAGUAUAUUAAUUGUAAAGUUUAUUGUAUAGUAUUUAACCACUGAAUUUAUUUUAUGUUGUGCUCAUGUGAACUCCUUGGUGAAGGUCCCAUUUCCCUUGGAUAAUGUGUAGUUAUAUAUCUCUUUUUAAAUGUACAGAUAUUUUGCUAUAAAAUUGGUGCAGUUUUUUAUGGUUUUUACACUUCUCUUUAAUUCCCACCUAAGCCUCUGGGUAAUAUUGUAAAUAUUGUUUAAAAAUGCAUCAGCCUAUGCUAUACAAUCUGAAUGUUAUUUUAACUUAUAGGUUUCUUUUUUUAAUAUAUAUAUUUAACUUCAAGGACAGUUUAGGGAUCAGUUACCACAUUUCACUUUAGCGUAUCUAUUUACAAAAAGAUUAAACUGCCACCUGCUAGCACAUUUUCAUGUGUACUUUAAAAAAGAACAUGCCAAGAUUGUGUCUGACUCAUUCAACAUUUCAUUUUGAUGAAAAGAGGCAUUUGACCAUGAGAUUUAACACAAAUAGUUGGUCCUUUACCACAAAGCAGCUGUUUUCCAAAGCUCAAUCCUGAUGAACAUAGGUUAAAAUGGGCUAUUAAUCUACAAAUAGACAAUAAUAUUGGCAUGUUCUUUUCUGUUUGUCUCUUAAUGGACCUGCUUCUUAGCAAUAUUAGAAAUGUUUUAUAAAAACAGUUCAUGUUACAUUUCUGGUCUUUUCAUGGCAUAUGAGCAAAUAAACUAUUUACACUACUA